CGUCAGCGAUGCAAAUCUCUCUCUCUCUCUAACACGGGCACACACACUCUCUCUCUAAGCUCUGCUUCCAUCUUCGAACCUUCGUGAGCUCCACUACACCAUUGCCCCACUCUUCUAGGGUUUCUGCCUUCUGGGCUUCGCAUAAUCCUCCAUUGCAUCGGCGAGAGAGGCGAAAGCUCUGUGCUUUGACUGAGUUUCCCUCACAUCGCUGACCUCUCUGCAAUCUUGAUUUUUGGGGAAGCAUUGCCGGCCGAAUCGACGAGAUGAUUUCUCCAGUCGGUCUCUGGGAAGCGUGAAUUGCUUCUGAGCUGGUCUACUGAUCUAUCUAAUCGGCGGAGAGAUCCUCGGGGAUGGGGCAGGACGGCUUCACGCCUCAGAAGAGGUCCACCACCUUCAGCCCGCUGCCGACGACCGCCACGAACGGCGGCGGGAGGCACUCCUCUGGUCGCGUGAUUACCCGCGGCCGGCAGAUCCAGAAGACUUUCAACAACAUCAAGAUCACGAUCCUCUGCGGCUUCGUCACGAUUCUCGUCCUCCGCGGCACUAUCGGUGUGGGCAACCUCGGCAGCUCCGAGGCCGACGCCGUCAACCAGAACGUCAUCGAGGAGACCAACCGGAUUCUCGCCGAGAUCCGUUCCGACUCCGACCCUACCGACCCCGACGAGCCCCCCGAGCCCGAGAUAAACCCUAAUGUGACAUACACCCUUGGCCCCAAGAUCGAAAAUUGGGACGUCAGCCGCAAGAAUUGGUUAGAGUCGAACCCCGAAUUCCCGAACUACGUGAACGGUAAGCCCCAGAUUUUGCUCCUAACCGGGUCUCCUCCGAAUCCUUGUGACAAUCCUAUUGGUGAUCAUUAUUUGCUGAAAGCUGUCAAGAACAAGAUUGAUUACUGCAGGAUUCAUGGGAUUGAGAUUGUGUACAAUAUGGCCCACUUAGAUAAGGAGCUUGCCGGGUACUGGGCGAAGUUGCCCAUGAUUAGGAGGCUAAUGCUAUCCCACCCCAAGGUCGAGUGGAUAUGGUGGAUGGACAGUGAUGCGCUGUUCACCGAUAUGGUGUUCGAGAUCCCGCUUUCCAAGUACGGGAACCAUAAUUUGGUCAUUCACGGGUAUCCCGAUCUGCUGUUUGAUCAGAAGUCAUGGAUCGCUUUGAAUACUGGGAGCUUCCUCUUCAGGAACUGCCAGUGGUCGUUGGAUUUGCUUGAUGCUUGGGCUCCGAUGGGCCCCAAGGGCCCGAUCAGAGAUGAGGCUGGAAAGAUCCUGACAGCUAACUUGAAGGGCCGCCCUGCUUUCGAAGCCGACGAUCAGUCGGCCCUUAUUUACCUGCUGAUCUCGCAGAAGGACCAGUGGAUGGACAAGGUCUUUAUUGAGAACUCCUACUACUUGCACGGGUACUGGGCUGGGCUAGUGGACCGGUAUGAGGAGAUGAUUGAGAAGUACCAUCCCGGGUUGGGAGAUGAGAGGUGGCCAUUUGUGACACAUUUUGUGGGUUGCAAGCCCUGUGGGAGCUAUGGGGAUUACCCUGUUGAGCAAUGCUUGAGAAGUAUGGAGAGGGCAUUCAAUUUUGCCGAUAAUCAGGUUCUCAACCUUUACGGGUUUGGUCACAGGGGCUUGUUGAGUCCCAAGAUUAGAAGGAUUCGGAAUGAGACAGAUACACCCUUGCAGUACGUGGACCAGUUCGAUAUUCGGCGGCCAGCACAUGGAAAUGACAGACCGCAGAGCUAGCUGAGUUUAUAGUCACAUAUGUGAAGUUGUUCUGUAGAUCCUCCAGUGCCAUGGAAAAUCCUGCACUCGACCGGUAAUCAUUUGCUGGAGAACUCGUAGUCCAUCCGUCCGUCUUUAUAAGAUAUGGAGGUUAAAUUUUCACCCUUCUGCCCGUGGGAUUGUGUAAGAUCUUGUGCACAUAAAGGAGUCGGGAGAUAAUAGCUUGCGCAUUUGCCCGAAGGUCUAACUUUAUGAGUAGGCGAAGCGGUGAAAGAAACUUAUAAGAUGGAAAAACCCGUGAGAUGCGUCUCCAACGGAUCGUGGGCAUGAUUCGGGUCCCAACUCCAAAGACUUGCCCGGUUUCCCGUUUUCUCAAUUUGAAAACACAUAUGUUCCCUUCUUUUCAUUUGGUUGCACCAGCAUCCUCGAAUGGCAAAGGCACGCAAGACAUUGUCUUCUCCAUUUUCUAGGAGGAUGGAAACUGAUGGCCCGUUUGUUUUCAA